UGUGCAUUAUUCUACAACAAUGCACUCAUAAUCUAUUUCCUAAACAAAACACAGUCCGACCUGUCUCACGGUCCGUCCUGUCCGUAAAUUAGUUUUCAGUACGCAUGCGCUAUAAAUUUGGAAAAAUAUCAGUAUGGCGGAAAAAAGUCCUGGGUAAUAUUUUCUCAAAAUUUGAAGAAAUUGCAAUUUUGGUAGCUUAUCAGGAUGGCCCAUCAACUUCAGUUAGAGAAGGAAAGCUACAGACAGUGGGUAAAGGCUGGUUUAGGACUUGGAUAUUUAAAAGAGGGUCUGGUACCAUUCUGUAAUGACAUAGCUGACCAACAACAUAAGGAUAUCUUACAGAACAUUAGGUCUACAAAAUCACUACCAUCAACUGCGACGUGUGGCAGCUGUCAAGUUGAAACUCUCAAGCCAGACCAUAAGUCAGUAGGGAAUGCUGGAAACAAAGUUUGUCCUCUUGGGCAAGUAAGAUGCAGCUGUUGCUUUACUAAGGGCAAACUUGCUUGCCCAAACAGCAUAUGUGGCGCCAUUUAUGACUAUAUUGUGCAAAAUCAUGCAUCUUCACCACCUGCACCUAACUGGAAAAACAGCGAUGCUCAACAGUGGUCGACAGACCCUUGGAGCAUUUGUAAGUGUUUUAUAAAUGCUCCAGGGUACGGAAAGAAGCAAUCUGCUAGUGAAACUGAUUGUACUGGGUUAUUACACCUAUUGAUUAAUAACCAGUAUUUUCAUAGCCACAUUGCAUGCAAUGUCACAGGAACAAACAACCUGUUUUCAACGGUAAAUCAUUAUUAAAAGUUCUUUUAAUGAUCUUUUAUCAGCUCUAUUGUAAUGUAAAUGCUGUAUAUACAGCAUCAAAGUAAAAGAGAAAAUGAAAAUUUAACUAUGAAGGUUAUAAAGUAAUUCACCACUUUAAUGAUACACAACAAAUGUAAACAAAAAAAAUCACCAAUCGUUUUUAUUGCAAAAUUUG